CCCGCCAGGCCGGGACCCUUACGCUAUUCUCCCGCACCUCGUCCUCACGCUCCUAUUCACGAUGCGUUACGCCGCCCCUGUCUCCGUUCUGGCAUUGGCCACCGCCGCCCUCGCCCAGGAUCAGAUUGUUCACGUCGGUACCGACGGCAGCGGCAACAAGAUCCUCGGGUUCACCCCUCAGUCAAUAACUGCGAGCCAGGGCUCCGUCGUCACCUUCGUCUUCGACGCGCCGGGUUCGAUGCACAACGUCGCGCAGUCGUCGUUCGCGACACCUUGCGAGCCCGUGCAGAACGGCUUCAACUCUGGCUUCACCCCGGGCCCUGCCGCGUCCGGUGACACCCCCGCGACGUGGAACUUGACCAUCACCGAUGUCUCCAAGCCUAUCUGGUUCUACUGCGCCCAAACCACUGGUGGCACCACUCACUGCACUAAUGGCAUGGUUGGCGCCAUCAACGCCCCCGCACCCGGCGCAACGAACGACGUCAGCCACUUCGUCGCCCUCGCCAGUUCCGCGACCGCCGUCGGCACUCCGUCCCCCGCACUCGCCGGCGUUGAAGCGUCCGCGUCGGCGUUCCCCACCGCGAUCAGCUCGUCGGGUGCGAACAGCCAAACCGCGGUCGGCUCCUCGGGUGCGACCAGCCAGACCGCGCCCUCCUCCGGCGGAUCGAGCACCAACAGCGCCGCGGCGACCUCCGGCACCUCCGCGAGCAGUGGCUCGGGCUCUGCUGGCUCCAGUAGCACCGCCUCGCAGUCGGCGUCCACGACCGGGACGACGAACAACGCGGCCGUCGGCGGUGUGGUCGAGCGCAGCGGCCUUGUGUGGGCUGUCGCAGCGGCGUUCGGUGUCGCGCUUCUCUGAAGGGCGGAGACGGGAUGAGCGGUUCGCACUCGUUUGCUCUGGACUCUGGGUUCCUCCCGGUCCGCGGGCUGUGCACGGACGCCGUGCUGUACGGACGCUGGGUGUAGACAAUGAAUCAAAAGAAUGGCGGUGCACGGCUACCGCGGGGUCGUGUGCGAGGAUGCUGCGCCCUGGUCGGAGAUCUCGGGUGGACAAGAAUGGCAUUUAUCGGUUGUUUAGUGCAUGCAAGACCUGCGUCGCCCGGCUGUCGUCCUAUUCUCGACUGACGGGAUGAAUGACAGUUUGAUUGAAUGGUGACAGGCAACCUGUUUGCUACAGUGCAGGAUGUCUGGGAUACUACAACCGGUGACAGUUUUUGACGUGUCGACGGAGUCAAAGCCUGUGGCCUAAGGAAUGGCUGCUAACGCAAUUUUUCCCGAACACUGGGUCUGCCCUUCUCUACGGUUUGUAAUAUUAAUA